UCCUCUACAUAGAUCGUCACUCGACUACUGUUAGCACAACAUUCUUUUCUGUAGACACACAAUUGAAGCUUAAUUUGAUCGCAUAACUGGCUAAGGUCCAUGGCGACGAUCAGGCCUUUGCUUCUCACUCUUGCCCUCCUGGCCGUCCUCGCAGCUAGCUCGGCAGUAGUGGCUCAGCUGGAGAUCGGCUUCUACAGCAAGACAUGCCCGAAUGCCGAAGACAUUGUCCGCGAGGAGAUGGUCAAGAUCAUCGCCGCCGCGCCCAGCCUCGCCGGCCCGCUCCUCCGGCUCCAUUUCCACGACUGUUUUGUCAGGGGUUGUGAUGCCUCCGUGCUGCUCGACUCCACGACGCACAACGUAGCGGAGAAGGACGCCAAGCCGAACAAGAGCCUGCGAGGGUUCGGCUCCGUGGAGCGCGUGAAGGCCAAGCUCGAGGCCGUCUGCCCGGGCAUCGUCUCCUGCGCCGACGUACUCACCCUCAUGAGCCGGGACGCCGUGGUGCUGGCCAAAGGCCCCACCUGGCCGGUGGCGCUGGGCAGGCGAGACGGCAGGGUGUCCAGCGCCACGGAAGCCAGCCACGAUCUUCCCCCGGCCUCCGGCGACGUACCUCUGCUCGCCAGGAUCUUCGCAUCCAAGGGGCUCAGCCUCAAGGACCUCGUCGUCCUCUCCGGCGCACACACCCUCGGCACGGCGCACUGCCCGUCCUACGCCGACCGCCUCUACAACGCCACCGGCGAGGACGGCGCGUACGGCCUCGUCGACCAGUCCCUGGACAGCGAGUACGCGGACAAGCUGAGGCUCAAGUGCAAGAGCCUCGACGACCAGAGCAUGCUGUCGGAGAUGGACCCCGGGAGCUACAAGACCUUCGACAGCAGCUACUACGGCCACGUCGCAAAGCGGAGGGGACUCUUCCGCUCCGACGCUGCACUCCUCGCCGACGCGACCACCAGGGACUACGUCCAGCGCGUCGCCACGGGGAAGUUCGAUGCUGAGUUCUUCAGUGACUUCAGCGAGUCCAUGAUUAAGAUGGGCAACGUCGGCGUGCUCACUGGUGCCGAGGGACAGAUCAGGAAGAAGUGCUACGUCCUCAACUAGCGUUCACUGGUGGAAAAAGGGGCUUUGGUCGCGGUUGGCAACUGCCAUUAGUCGCGGUUGCGCAACCGCGACCAAAGUAGCGCGACUAAAGGCCCCCCUUUAGUCGCGGUUCCUUACGAACCGCGACUAAAGGCCCGUCCACGUGGGCCGCAGGCGAGCGCCAGGGCGGAGGACCUUUAGUCGCGGUUCUUCUGGCCAACUGCGACUAAAGGCCUCAGCAGGAUUUAGGGUUUUAGCCCCCCUCCCCCUAAAUCUGGUUUCUUUUUAAUUUGUAUUGUUUUAUUUCUUUUGGGUUUUAAUUUUGAAGGAGUUUCACAUAU